AUGUCGCUGCCACAGGAAACCGACGCCGGCGCCGCAGCUGCUGCUUCCGUUGCCCGAGGGCAGCGAGCCCGCGACAGGGCGGAUGCGGAGUCGCGCGGCGAAAAGACGGUCCUCGUCCUGAGCUCCCUCUCCCGCUCGCUCGCCGAGUCCGACUUCUACCGCUGGGCGCCCCAGGGCCGGCACGUGGCCGGCUGGGCCGGCGGCAUCUCCAAGGUCGUCCAGGCCGUCUCGGCCACCACCCGCGAGCCGCGGGGCCAGUACUUUCUCUUCUUCGACACCCGCAGCGCCGCCGAGGCCUGCGCCGCCCAGCUCGACCGCGUGUACGACCUCACCGAGGCGGCCGACCUGCUGGAUCCAUUGGGAUGGAAGUGCAAGGUUGUUGCCGAGGGCGCCGUGAUUCGUGGUUCGGAUCGUGCCUGCUGGUUCCGUUGCGCCUGUUGCUGUUGCGCCUGCUGCUCUCGUAACCUUUCCACCCGGGCUGCGCGGGUUCGCUCAUCCAUGGUCCGGGGCGAGACAAUGGUUACCGUCUUCUUUUCCUUCUUGGGCUGCUCCGGCAAAGGCUGUGGCGGUGACUCGAAGUUCGCCCUGGAUGGCGAUCGGAGGCAAGCUGGAGAAGUGUUGGAGCGAGUGAGACCACAAGGAGGGGCUAAUGACGUUGUUGAGGCCAUCCCUGCUGCCGUGGUAGCGAUCACCACCGAUUGCCGGUUUGGCGUCUGGGGGAAGAGUGAGAAUGCAGGUGAUUUCACCGGCUGGGGCGAGGUCGCUCUACGCGGCCUUGUUUUUUUCUCGAGCGUAGCUUGGCGCCGUUCCAACAAGGAGGAUUUGCUCUCGCCAGAAUUCAAUACGCCGCUGAACAUGACACUGUACCGCUCCAGCCUGAUGUCGGGGAUUUCAACGUUGAGCAACCCCGUGCAGCUCGCCGAGGCCGAAGAGGCGGACUCCGAGACGGCCGGCGCCUUUGAUGGCGUGGCGUUAGCGUCCGUCCCUGGCUCCGCCGUCGACUUGAUGAUGAUGGGCUUGUGUUUCGGUGUCUUUUUGCUGGCGACUGUGUUGCUUCGGACCGGGGCGGGGGCUGCCUUGGACCCAGUUGCCGCCGAGUCCUGGGUCGGACUCCCCAGCGCCAUCCCAAUCGGAAUCUCCCCAGACCUUGCAGAUGGAUGUAGGCUGCUCCCCGUGCCCAUGCCCGUUCUCGUCAGAGCGAUGUCGUCCUUGGAAAUCCGCUUGUCCCAGCCGGGCUUCACGUCAGUGGAUUUGUUGGAAGUUGGCCCCGAAGAUGUGCUGGGUCGGGCCAGCAUUCUGAACGGCGCUGUGUUGGCGAAGACAGCGAUGGCUCUUGAUGGCGGUGGAGGUAGAGGUCGAUCGAGCGUUUUGAGGCGGGUGCCUGCCCCGUCUGCUUGUGUCUCGUGGACGCAGGGUAAGACUUGA